AUGGAACUGAAUAGGAAGUCUUAUAUACCUCAGCCUUUCUGUCGUAACAUACCAAUGGAGCCCAUCAUUAAAGUGCUCCUCCCACUAGUGGGCAUGCUCCUUGAGCUAUUUAUAAUAGAGAAGGAAGGGAAGGCUCAGUUUAAGCCGAUCCUCGGGUCAGACAGUAUGCGUAUACAUCAUGUCACUAUGUACUGUGGGUUUUUCCUUUCCGGUCUUAUCGAUUUGAUAACGCUGUUUGUUAAAGUACCUCGAAACACGACCAAGCUAUUUCUAACGCUUGCUUUUGCGAUAGAAGGAUUGUUAUUUUGGUUUCAUAGAGAUGAGAAUGAUGACAGUCCCAUACUAUCUGCCGCUCACUUACUCCUGUUCCUACCUAUCAUGAUCUGUGCUUUAUUCUCUGGCCUGAGGAUGCUAUCGACUGUUAACCUCAUGAUCAAUGCUGGUUUAUCAUACGGGAUCUUGCUACAAGGUUCAUGGUUCAUACAGGUGGGGGUUGUCUUACACAGAGCUAACGUUUGGGACUUUGCCAGCUACAAUCAAGUCAUGCUCCUAGUUUCUAUCUUCUCCUGGCAUUCGAUGUCCAUCUUUUGCUUUCUUUUUGUUCUUUUUAUCAUCAUGAGUGCUGCCAUUAAAAGCAGUUCUGUGUGUCAUCGCUCCUCCAGAGCCAGGCGUCAUUGGUUACCAUCACUCCUGCCUACCGUUGCUACCAAUGGCAACAGCGAGGAAGGUGAACAGUUAAUUAAAAUUGAAGAGAAGCCACCACUUAUUGCUGAAACAGCGACUUAA